AUGUGGGCAGUUUACAGAAUCUGUGGAGAAAGGAAAAAAUCAGGUGGCAAUGCUGGAACCUCACACCUAAAAAGGCAUACAAAUAGCCGUUUGAAGAAGCGCAACACCGAUAAUUCACAGACCACAAUAGCUGUAAAUGGUCAAGGUAAAUUUUCUACCUUUCAUUUCAACCAGGCUAGAGCUAGGAAAAAUGUCAUUAAGCUAAUUAUUUUAAGAGAGCUCCCUUUCCAAUUCGUUGAAGAUCCUAUUUUCCAAUGGUUCAUCAAUGCUAGUUUUCAUCCUGGUUUCAUUAAGUUUUCUCGUAAUACUUUGAGGACAGAUAUAUAUAAGUGUUAUCUAGAGGUAAAACAACAGUUGAAGAGAAUUCUUCUUGAUAGUCCUGGCAGGAUUUCACUGACAUCCGAUAUUUGGCUCUCAAAACAGAGAUUGAGUUACUUGGGUAUUACUGCACAUUUCAUAGACAAGAAUUGGGUGCUGUAA